AUGGGGGUUAUGUCAAGGAAGGUUGUCCCGGCAUGUGGAAACCUUUGUUUCUUUUGUCCUUCUAUGCGGGCAAGGUCAAGACAGCCGGUCAAGAGAUACAAGAAGCUCCUAUCGGAGAUCUUUCCUCGAUCACAGGAUGCAGAACCAGAUGACCGGAAGAUUGGAAAGCUUUGUGAAUAUGUUUCAAAAAAUCCUCUUAGGUUACCCAAGAUUACUGAUUACUUGGAGCAGAGGUUCUACAAGGACUUGCGGAAUGAGCACUUUGGCUCUGUAAAAGUUGUUUUAGUAAUAUACAGGAAACUCCUUUGCUCAUGUAAGGAACAGAUGCCACUAUUUGCCAGUAGUUUGCUGGGGAUAGUUCGAACUCUUUUGGAACAACCACAGUAUGAUGAGUUGCAGAUCCUUGGUUGCAGUCUUCUUGUGGAUUUUGUGAACAGUCAGUCGAACAGUACAUAUAUGUUCAACUUGGAAGGCCUUAUACCUAAGCUCUGUCAAUUGGCUCGACAAGUUGGAGACGAUGAUAAAGCUGUGCGCCUAAGGUCAGCCGGAAUGCAAGUUUUGGCUGUGAUGGUGCAAUUCAUGGGGAAGAACUCGCAUAUUUCAAUGGAUUUUGACCAUAUCAUAGCUGUGACUUUAGAGAAUUACUUGGAUAUUAGAACCGAUUUGGUGAAUGACCCGCUUUCCUCGGCUAAUAUUAUUGAUUCCAAGAUAGAAAUAACAGGGGAGGCAGCUAAGAAUCCUUCAUUGUGGUCCAAGGUUUGCUUGUGUAAUAUGGCCCAAUUGGCAAAGGAAGCCACAACUAUACGGCGUGUACUUGAACCUCUUUUCCACUGUUUUGACUCCGACAAUUAUUGGUCCGCAAAGAAUGGAAUUGCAUUCUCAGUGCUAGCUUAUUUGCAAACCUUACUGGAGGAAUCAGGCGAAAGCUCCCAUCUCUUACUAUCAAUUUUGGUUAAACACUUGGAUCACAAGAAUGUUGCCAAGCAGUAUGAUAUGCAGAUACACAUCAUUGAUGUUACAACCCAACUUGGCAAAAAUGCGAAGCAGCAGGCAUCAGUAGCACUUGUUGGUGCACUUAGUGACCUUCUUAAACAUUUAAGGAAAUGCAUUCUAAAUUCAUUUGGAUAUUCAAGUCCUAAGGAGGCCUCCCAUAAGUGCAUUGAAGAUCUUCAGGUUGCACUGGAAAAGUGCAUCUCACAGCUAGCAAACAAGGUUGGGGAUAUUGGACCUAUUCUUGAUAUGCUGGGCGUGGUGCUAGAAGGGAUUCCAACUGGAUUGAUUCCUGCGAGAGCAACAAUCUAUGCGGUACACCGAGCAGCGCAGAUUGUUUCAACAGUUCCUAACAUAACAUAUCAUAAAAAGGCUUUUCCCGAUUCACUAUUCCACCAGUUGCUAUUGGCUAUGGCUCAUUCAGAUAAUGAAACGCGAGCUAAGGCACAUCAUAUCUUCUCCACUGUGCUUAUGCCAUCUCUCAGUACUAUGUUGUCUCACUUUGACAGAAACCUUCCACACACCUUUUCUGAGCAGUCGCCUAACAUGUCAAGCAAGAUGAAAUUCAGAAGUUUUUCCCUCUUGGAUGAAAAUGAUGCCAAAUCUGACCUUUUUGAUGGAGAAAUGGAAGAGGAAAAAUUACCGGUCAUUGAUUCUCUUGAAAAUAUUUCUUCUAAAAGUUCAUCUGGAGGUCAACUAAAUAACUCUCAGGAUGCGCUCCCAUCCGGGAAAAAGGGGCUUACUUCUCUACGAGUUAGCAGCCACCAAGUUAGUCUGCUUCUUUCCUCUAUAUGGGUUCAAGCAACAUCAGCAGAAAAUACCCCGGAAGAUUUCGAAGCAAUGGCUCACACAUAUGCCAUCGCUCUGCUGUUUACUCGAUCAAAGGCUUCCAGUUCCAUGGCAUUGGUCCGGCAUUUCCAGCUUGCCUUUUCUCUUAGGAGUGUAUCUCUUGAAAAUGACGGGGGUCUUCAACCGUCUCAGAGGAGGUCCCUUUUUACAUUGGCUUCAUACAUGCUGAUAUUUUUGGCCAGGGCAUGCAAUCUUCUUGUGCUGAUUCCUGUCAUCAAAUCAUCAUUGACGGAUGAGACAGUUGAUCCAUACCUUAAGUUAGUUGAAGAUAUCAGGCUCCAGGCUCUAUCUACCACAGCCAUGAGUGACACUAAAGACUAUGGAUCACAAAACGAUGAACUUGCUGCCCUGAAAUCUCUUUCUGCAAUUCAGUCAAAUGACCAACAACUGAAAGAGCUUGUCGUAUCUCACUUUAUGACCAAGUCUAAACGAUUAUCAGAGGAUGAGUUAUCAAACAUAAAGAAUCAACUUUUUGAAAGAUUUUCUCCAGAUGAUGCUUUUCCUCUUGGGGGGCCGUUGUUCAUGGAUACACCGUGUCCUUCUUCCCCAAUUGCACAAAUAGAGUUUCAGUCAAUUGAUGAGAUCAUCGCUUCAACAGGUUUGACAGAUGAAGAUUCAUUUCCAGAUGCAAGUGGAAGUCAGUCAGGGCGAAAGACGUCUCUUUCUAUCAAUUCACUUGAUAUUUUGGGGGUUAACCAGCUCUUGGAAUCUGUAUUGGAAACAGCACGCCAGGUUGCAAGUCUUCCAGUUUCUUCUACUCCAAUUCCUUAUGAUCAAGUGAAGAAGGAAUGUGAAGCCCUUGUAAAUGGUAAACAACAAAAAAUGUUGGCCUUGCAGAGCUUCAAGUUGCAACAAGAAGCAGAGGCCCUACUUCUUACAAAUGAAAAUAGUGUGAAGAGCACAUUGCUAUCGAACACAGUACCGGAUCUUUCUGGAGAGCUAAAAUUCACCAAGACAGAAAAAAUUCAUGGUCAGACCCAGAUGAUCUGUGCACAGGAGUGUGUACAAGAACAGUCUUUUAGACUACCGCCUUCAAGCCCUUACGACAAAUUCUUAAAAGCAGCCGGAUGCUAG